GCGGUCACACGGACUCUUUAAACAGCUGAUCGGCCGGCUGGUCAUUACGUGAACUUGGAUUUUAGUUAAAAAAACAACAUAAGUUUUGCUUUGAAAACAUGAAUCAAGCUGAUGUCAGCAAGUUAAUGUCACAACUGCGUAUCGCAGUGAGACCCAAUAAACGUAAUUUAAAAAAUCCAGAUGGUCCCGAAGGUCGAUUACUCAAGCUGCGCAAAACGGUAACAGCGCUGGUGAAGCACGAGCGCAUUGAGCUGUUCUACAAUCGAGCGGACGAGGCGCGUGGUUAUGCGGAGCUGCUCAUUUCAAAUGCCAUACGUCAUGGCGACAGGCAUAAAGCUACAAUGGAGUUGGCGGACUAUUGGUUACUGGAGAAGCAGCUCGUUCACAAACUCUUCAAGGUGUUGGUGCCGCGUUAUGAGAACUAUAAUGUCUCCUACACACGCAUGUUCAAAGCGCCACGCGACUAUCCCGGCAUUUACUAUAGGAAAUCGGUGUUGGAGUUACGCGGUAAUCCGUAUCCCGUGCUGAUGCAGGAUAACAGCCAGAAUCGCAAUCUGUUGCACAAUGUGCUGCUCGACGAGGCACGCAAGGAAUUCCGUCGGGAGAAGCUUGCGAGUUUGGCCAACAAACUUGCCGCAGAGACUGAGGAGAAGCCACAACCGAGUGUUGAGAAGGCGACGGAAGUGUAAUUGUUUAUUAUUAAAUUUGCA